UACCAAACCAAACACAGAAAAAGAAAAAAAAAAUCAAAGGAAAAAUGCCAGAAUUAAGCAAUAAAACCUGCCCGGAAGAAGAACUCGACGGGCAAGCUCUAGUCUGGAACCAAAUAUUGUCCAUCACGGACUCACUCGUCCUGAAAUGCGCAAUAAGACUCCAAAUCUUCGACGCCAUCCACCGCCACGGCAGCGCCAUCUCCCUCCCCUCCCUCGCCGCCUCCCUGCCCACCCCCUGCCUCCGCCCCACCAUUCUCCUUCGCCUUCUCCGCUACCUCUCCCACAUCCGCCUCAUCAACAUCACCAACGAUGAACACCCUUCCUUCUCGCUAACCCCUUCAUCCUCCGCCUUCCUCGUCACAACCUCGAAGCAGAGCCUCGCCUCCUUCAUCACAAUCUUCCUCGACGAGGAUUUCCUCGCAGCGUUUCACGCGCUGGAUGUCUGCGUGAGUGGGGGAGAAGGGGAAGGGUCGGCGUUCGAGAUGGUGACUGGGGAGACGGUGUUUGGACAGGCGGCGAGGGACCCGGUGCUGAGUCAUAAGUUUAAUGAGGGAAUGGCGGAGAGUGCGAGGAUUACGGCGGCGGCAAUGGUGGAAGGAGCGGAGAAGGUUUUUGAAGGGUUGAGGACGAUGGUUGAUGUUGGCGGGGGAAUGGGGACGGUGGCGAGGGUGAUAAGAAGACGGUUUCCAGGGAUUAGGAUUUUGGUUCUUGAUCUUGCUCAUGUGGUGGAUGGAUUGGUGGGGAGUGAUGGAGUCGAAUUCGUUGCAGGCGACAUGUUUGUCGAAGUGCCGCAAGGAGAUGCUGUUCUUCUAGUGAGGAUAUUACAUGAUUGGAGUGACGAAAAAUCACUGGACAUUCUUCAGAAAUGCAAAGAAGCCAUUAAUCCAGAAUCAGGUAAGCUAAUAAUCGUAGAUAUAAUUAUUGAUGAUGAUAAGGAUCAUGAGCUUCAUCAUGCAAGAGUUGCUUCUGAUAUCAUGAUGAUGGCGUAUGGAGGUAAAGAAAGAACUGAGAAGGAAUGGAGAAGCUUACUUCUCAGAGCUGGCUUUACUCGCUGCAAUAUAACUCGCAUCAAGGCGUUGCAGCAUGUCAUAGAAGCUUGGAUUUAAUUAAUAUAUUCUUUUCAUAAUAAGAAUGGCCUUGCAUGGCUCAUAAAUUGUUACUUUCUGUGGAUGUAAUAAUGUUUCUUAUGUUGUUUUUUACGUUGAAUUUUUAGUUGGUGCAGCCAUUUAUCUUUUUUAAGCUGAAUCUAUUUUGUGUUAAUCCAUGUAUCCACGUCGGCUCUUCUGUUUCCAAGAAGCCUUGUACUUUGUCUUACACGUGUAGCUCUAGGAUUUGUCCUCUGUAUUGCUUCUUGUCUAUUUAUAUCCAUGUAAUCCUUUCGUCUAGUUAAAUUUUAUUGUUCAGCACUUUCAAGCCA